UCCAAUUUCCAUUUUCAUCUCACUUGUCACUUGGCGUAAUACGCAAUUUUAUAUUUACAAAAUAAACCCGAAUUUGAUGUCUGAUGAGUGUUUUAUAAAAUAUUUAAAAGAAUAAUAUGAAAUAUCUGUUAAAGCUAAUUGAAUUUAACGCCUAAAAAGAAGUUUAUUCUUACAAAUCAUGGAUGAAGGAAGAGAAAAUAUGAAUUGUUAUAUUACAGAACUACCGGAUGAAAUAAUUGCUGUUAUAUUAAAUUACAGUUCAUGCAAUGAUAUUAUCUCAUUUGGAUUGACGUGUAAACGUUUUUAUAACAUAACUUUUCAUGACCAAUAUCUUUGGAAAAGCAAAUGUAUCGAUGCGCUUCCACCGCCUAUUUUCAAAACGGUCGAAAAACAAUCUGAUGGUAAUUGGUUAAAUGAACUCAAAAAAUUUAACAAAAUAAAUAAAGAUGUCAUAUCAGAACUACUGUCGAUGUCACCGAAAUUUUACUGGAGGAUGAAUCAAUUGUCCAUAGAAGAUGUUAAGGAAUUCUUCAAAAUUGCCACAAAUGAUCAACUGAGUUAUUUUUACACAAUACAUAUUCUGCAAGAUAUAGUUCGGAAAGCGAUUAAGUAUCUGGAACAAUAUGUUUGUGAGAGGCCAUACACUUUAACCGAUAUGCAUUAUGCAAAGGGUACUCUUCGUUUUCUAUUCCACACAUACCUCACCAUUAAAUGGGUGAAGUUACAAAUGGCACAAGAGCUCAUGCCGGAGAUUGUAAUAAAUUUCUUUGUCCAGUGGAUUGAUCCAGCCAAUCUUUACUUGGACGAAAAUGUCAAUGAUGCCCUGAAUGAUAUUGUUGAAAAUGUAAAAGAUUCGAUUCGCGAGGCGCGUGCCCGCAAGCCUCCACCUCCAGGGUGGAAGAAAGUUACAGAUAGAGAAGUACUUACAGCCAUGUCUCGGGUGCUGUUUGGUCAAAAACGCAUUGCAAUCACUCCAGCUGCUGACCUUGAUACCUUAAAUAUUGUCAAGGUCCUCAAAACAAAAUGUGGCAAUGCUAUUGUAAUGGCGGCUAUAUAUCAGGCAGUGGCAAGGAAAUGUGGAGUAAAAUUAGAGCUGAUUGCAUUUCCGAAUCACCUCUUCUUAGAGUGGCUGGAUGAUACAGAUCCUCACAAUGUUCUUCUGUUCACUAUUUCGCUUGAAACUGGAGAGCUGCAACCAAAACGCCGAUGCCCAUUUUCAAGCAGUACCCAGAGAUCAAAUUAUUCAUAUUGCCCUGACUCAUUGCUGCAAUAUGUAUAUUCAUCAUAUUUAAUCACCAUGGGAGCCAUUCGGAAUUGGAACACGCAGAAUGCAUUGCAUUUAUUAAACUUCUUGGGAACAAGCCAAAACCAUCAAAAUCCUUAUAAGAAUUUCUUUACUUAUUUAAUUGAACAUCAAGGCCUAAGUUCUUAUUAUACAACUUUGGACAUAAAAUAUCUGGAUCCCAUCUAUCGUCAAGUCAUCAUUUCUUUAUCUACAUUAAAUAAACCCGUAGAAUCAGCAAACCACAAUUUUGUUUUCAAGAAACACGAUAACAAUGUGCUGUUUGCAGUAGGAAUGAUAUGUUAUCAUAAAAAGUAUGAUUAUAUAUGCAUUAUCCGCGGAUGGGAUUUGACCGGAGAUCACGUACAUAUACCCGUCGAUGAUUUGUACUUCGGUCGUAAACAACCCUUUUACCGCGUCACCGCCGCAGACCAAUCCGAGAGAUAUGUCGCACAAGAGAACCUUAUAGAAUUGACACAUCCAAGUCGUCUAUACCAUUUGGAAGACCAAAUAUCGAAGGAAUUCAGCCAUUUUGAUGGAUUUGCAUACGUACUAAAUAACGAAAAGAAAAUUGAGUAUCCUACCGAAGCACCCAUCAUUGAAAUGUAUAGAAGUCGUUCACUAAUAAGGCAUUAAGAAACUAACAAACUGAUAGAAAAUAAUCUACAAACGAUACAGAAUUCAUGAAAUGAUUUUUAUUCUUCAGAGAAGCCAUAAUAUUAAAUGGAUCUCUCCUUUUUUUCUAGUACGUCAUAUUACCUAUAUAUAAGAAUUAGUUGCAAAAUGCAAAUGUAAUGGUAGUAAUAUAAUAUGUACAAGUAUUUUAAUCAAUAUUUAAUCAUUUACAAAUGAUUUUGGUGUAUCCGAUUCAAUUAGAUUGAUUAAGAAAUAGUUGUGAGAUAAAUGUUUUUACUUUUUACUACAUAUUUCUGUGGGAUCUUAUAAUAUGAUGGCAUAAAAAUACUAGAUGUUUUGUCUACUCUGCAAACUGGCUUUGAUAGUUGUUUUUUAAUUAAAUAUCUUACAAUAUAAAUUAUUUAUACAUUUUUUUGUACAUACUAUGGAGAUAUUCGUAUUUAAUAUAUUUUAUCUAAAGGGUUUCUUUUUUAUUUUGAGGAUCAUGUUGAAUAUUUUAUUUUGCAUUUUAUUUUUAUUUUAUAUAAUUAUCUAUGAUAAUACGAUAGAUAUAAGAUUAAUAUAUAAAAUGAAUGUAUUUUUUGUGUAAUUUAAUGGUGUCUGAAUGUUUACUUUAAAGAAAAAAAAAUCAUAUUAAUUUUAAAUUUAUUUAUGUAUGUGCCUAGUGUCCCUGUAAAUUAAUGUACCUUCCUAUGUGAUAUUAUUAAGUUAUGUUAUAAAAUAAAUGUUGACAUAUUUAAAAUAAAAAUAAAUGUUUUAUUGUGACAGUGCUUAUAUGUUUUCAGCAUAAUAUGUUUAAAGUUCCAAUUAUUACUAUUACCGUCUACCGUGACAAUAUUAUGUAUAUGCGUAUAAAUUGUAUGACGUAACUGGACGUAACCUUGAGCAAUCGUUAUUUUAAUAUCUUCAAUAAUAUUACAAUCGUAAUAAUUCUAUCUAUACAACUAUCUGUAUGUUUGUUCUUGCUAAUAUCUGGAACGACUGGACUAUUUUUGACGGGACUUCUACUGAUGGUCGGGGCUGAUAGCUGAUAAAAUAAGGAGUAAUUAAGGCUGCGUUUAUAAUUCCACAAAGAUCGCGGGAACACCUAAUGCUUAUCCACAGCUACUCGCACUUGGCCAGUUUUUUUAUUUGUAAAACAACCUGUUUGUACGGAUCUAAAAAUCCGAAUAAUGGUGUAGUUAUACAAUAUAGUUUUAUACUAUACUAGCUGAGCCCCGCGGUUUCACCCACAUUGCUCCGCUCCUGCUGGUCUUAGGAUGAUGAUAUUUAGCCUAUAGCCUUCCUCGAUAAAUGGGCUAUCUAACACCGAAUUAAUUUUUCAAAUCGAUCAAUUAGUUCAUGAGAUUAGCGCGUUCAAACAAACAAACAAUUCAGCUUUAUGAUCUAUACUAAUAAGUAAAAUUAUAUCACGCUAAGAGUAAAGACGAUUAGAACAAUGCGGGAGAAACCGCGCGGCACAGCUAGUAUUAGUAUAGAUGUGGUUACACUAUAGAUCGAUUUUGGCAAUUUAAUUAUUACGGUGGUUUUACCAAAAUAUAGGUAAUAGGAUAGAAGUUAAAGUUGAAGAAAAUUUAAAUCAAGUCAUUUGUGGAAUGGUUUAUUCAAAUCUAUGAAUAGUGAUAAAGAAAAUACAUAUAUAAACGCAUCUACUAAUUAUUUAAAGUAUUUCAUUUACAUUUCUGUGUGUGUGUUUAAUGUAACUUAUACAUUCUUCCAACAACGAGACUACAUGUUAACAUAGCAUUUCAGCAUACAAUAUCAUAUUAUAAUAAAAAACUAAAUUGCAGGACGAUAAGUAAAUUGAGGAAGUUAUAAAAUAGGCAGGUA